AUGAGUGAAAAACUGGAUGAGAAAGGCGUGGACCAGUGGUCGCGUGUCGAGCAAUUUCCUGAACACUUGAAGAAGUACUGGCAUCAACGGUUCAAGAUCUGGGAAAAGUACGACCAAGGCAUAUGGAUGACUGAAGACGCAUGGUUCGGCGUGACUCCAGAACCCAUUGCCAACAAGAUCUCAGCCCACGUCGCAGAGUCUGCACCCAAGGAUAAGACCGUCAUUGUCGACGCGUUUGCGGGUGUCGGUGGUAAUGCCAUAGCAUUAGCGCGUUCAGGUCGCUGGGAACGCGUCUUCGCCAUCGAGAAAGACGCCAAGACCUUGAAGUGCGCAAAGCACAAUGCCGAGAUCUAUGGUGUGAGCAACAAGAUCUUUUGGCUCAACGCAGAUUGCUUCACUGCUAUUAACAGAUUCUCUGGGCAGAGCAAUGUUGUCGUGUUCGCUAGCCCGCCAUGGGGAGGAACUGAAUACGGUGCGGAAGAUAUUUUUGAUCUUAGUAAGAUGGAGCCAUACAACCUGGAAACACUCUACAAGAGCUUUACGAAGAUAAGCAAAGAAGUUGUUCUGUAUCUGCCGAGAACGUCCGAUCUUAAUCAGAUUGCGAGAUAUGGACAAGAUGGAAAGAAGUUGGAGGUUGCUCAUUAUACUGUGAUGGGUGCUAGUAAGGCACUUUGCGUGUAUUUUGGCAAUUUUGACUUUGAGAUGGAGCAGGAAUCAUAG